ACCUUCCCGGGCCCCCUCCUCCCUCCAUCCAUCCAUCCAUCCACCCACCCCUCCGUCCCGCCCGCACUCACAGCGUGACCCGAGAGACGGCGAUGCGGACGGGCACGCUCCGCUCCUUGAAGGCGGUGGUGAUGAAGCAGCCGAAGUGUUGGUGCUUCAGCAGGAUUGAUCCCAGUCAGCAGCUGAUGAUCAGAGCAGUCUUCUGAGAGAGAAGGGCUCGCUUUCUUUGGUUGAGAUCUUUCUACCCUGAUGUUCAGGACCAGUUGUUCCCGGGAGUGCGUGGCCGGAGCCAUAUGAUCUUAUCAACACAUUCGGGAGCCCUACCCAAACACCGGGAGAGGUUUCGCUGCAGCGAUGACUGUCAUAGAAGAGAGUCGCCCUUUCGCCCAGCAGCUCUCCAAUGUCUACUUUACCAUACUUUCCCUUUUCUGCUUUAAACUCUUCGUGAAGAUCAGCCUCGCCAUCCUCAGCCACUUCUACAUCGUGAAAGGAAACCGUAAGGAGGCAGCGAGGAUAGCGGCUGAAUUUUACGGAGUUCCUCAAGGACAAGGUUCUUGGGCAGAUCGCUCACCUCUGCAUGAGGCAGCCAGUCAAGGACGUCUUCUUUCUCUAAAGACUUUAUUGUCACAGGGGUACAAUGUGGACACCCUAACCAUUGACCAAGUGACUCCGCUCCAUGAAGCCUGCCUGGGAGACCACGUGGGAUGUGCAAGAAUCCUUCUGGAAGCAGGAGCAAACGUCAACGCUACCACGAUUGAUGGGGUGACGCCUCUCUUCAACGCGUGCUCCAGAGGCAGCGCGGCCUGCGCCGAGCUUCUGCUGGAGUAUGGUGCCAAAGCCCAGUGGGAGUCCUGCCUGCCCUCCCCCACCCACGAGGCCGCCAGCAGAGGUCACAGCGAGUGCCUGGAGGUGCUGAUCUCCUGGGGCAUCGAUGUCGACCAAGAUCUUCCUCACCUGGGAACACCUCUGUACGUUGCCUGUGUCUCACAGCAGAUCCACUGCAUCCGGAAGCUUCUCUAUGCAGGUGCCAACGUGCAGAAAGGGAAGCACCUGGAGACGCCGCUGCACGCGGCCGCCCAACAUUCCAGCACGGAGAUCGUCAACCUGCUCCUGGAAUUUGGGGCUGACAUCAAUGCCAAAAACACGGAUUUGGAGCGGCCGGUGGAUUUAGCUGCCCCCAGCAGUUUAGUGGAGAGGCUGCUGCUCCUCCACGAAGCCACCCCGGCGUCUCUGUGCCAGCUCUGCCGUCUCUGCAUCCGAAAUUACCUGGGGAGGGCCCGGCUCCACCUCAUCCCCCAGCUCCAGUUGCCAACGAUACUGAAGAACUUCUUACAGUACAGAUAACCCCCUCGUUAACCCCUAGAAAAAUUAACUAACGAAUCCUUUUUCUUCUUUCUGUUUAUCGUACGUUUUUCUCUCAAGAACUGCUGGGCGGGGAAAAAAAAAAAAAGUAGCCUUUUGCAUAUUACUUAAAA